AUGUGCUGACAAACCUACUACAAAACACAUCCCCAGAUCAUCAUCUUCUUUUCCUGUUAACCUAUAAAAGCUUCACCAAUUCUUUCUUGGCCUCUGCAGCUUUAUCUCCAUAUAUCCUUCAAACCCAAUCUUCCUUGUUCUGUUGGACAGCAAUUGUUGAGGCUUUGGCUCGAACUGUAGUAAGCAAGGAGCAUAACAAGAGCUGAUUAUGGAGGUCAUUGGCGAUCUGCCAAGAGAGUUAUUCCUCGAAAUCCUCUUACGAUUGCCUGUUGAAUCAUUGAUGAGAUGUAAGUGUGUUUGCAAAUACUGGUACGCUCUCAUUAGCAAUCCUAAGUUUAUCGAGUUGCACCUUAAGUACAACUGCAACAACAAUGUAUGUGUCCUUCUCAAGCGCUGCCUUCUAACGUGCUUAGGAGAGAAAGAAAACAUGUUAUCCUUGGUCUGCAGCAGUGGUUUCUCUUUCGUAAAUUUAGAUGUCGAUUUGUCAUUAUAUAAGAAGGAGCCGUGCUUACAGCUUUUAGGUCAUUGUGAUGGCAUUAUUUGCCUAUCAAAUUACAGAGAUGAUAUAGUUCUAUGUAACCCUGCAACUAGGGAGUCCAUGGUGCUCCCGGAAUCGUCUCUCCCUUGUUAUUCGUCGAUCUUGAACUUGAUCCCACAAACUAGUGCCUUAGGAUUUGGUUAUGACGCUAAAGCGCAUCACUGUAAAGUUGUUAGGAUCGUUUCGUACUGGGAGGAGCAGAGUUGGAGUGACUUACCCCACCAUUCCAGGGUCGAAGUAUAUUCUUUGGCAACUGGUUCUUGGAAAGAAAUUGACGUCAAGGUCCCUGCCCACGUCUGGUAUUCUCCAUGUUUCGAGACAUACUUUAAUGGAGCGUUUCAUUGGUAUGCCAUUGACAAUAACAGAAACGAGGUCAUCCUUUCAUUCCACAUGGGGAAUGAAGAGUUUCAAGUAAUACCGAUGCCAAGUGACCUCCCCUUGUAUGAUUAUUCAAUGUGCCGAAGUCUUUUGGUGUGGAAUGGAUGCAUUGCUUUAGUAGUCUAUCCGAGAAAGGGGAUCGAAAAAUCGUUCGAGAUAUACGUGAUGAAGGAAUAUGGAGCGAGGGAAUCUUGGACAAAGAUAUUGACAGUAGGACCUCUCACGAAAGUGGAAAUGCCUUUGGCUUUUUGGAAAAAUGAUGAGAUCCUCAUGGAAGGCUCUGAUGGAUUGGUUGUUUCCUACAACCUUAAGAACCAAGAACUCAAGGAUCUUCCGAUUUACGGGGUCCCGAAGUCAUUCGCAACUCUAGUAUACGUGAACAGCCUCGUUUCGGUCAAAGGAGGAAAUCAAAUGCUUGAUGGAGGAGAUAAUACAGAUUUUGGUUGGUGAAGGAUCCGACUCUGAACCUGCAUAACCUCCAUCAAUUUUAACAGGGGGCGAUGGUGACCACUGAAAAAGAAAGAGAAGAGCAAUAAAUAAACAAAAUAAAAAUAUAUGAUCAUAAAUGUACAGAAAAAUGCUGUUGUAAAUUUGGGUUUAUCGGAAUCUUUGUGCCGUAAAUAAAGAUAAUACGAUCAAUAAAUGAU